CUAAGAGGAUUAUGAAGGCAGUGUUUAAUGGUAUUUUCCUGUGUCUGUAGGUAUAGAAAGAACACCUAUCUUUUCAUCUACUACCUCAUCCAGUUCUGUGGCCACUCAUGGAUAUUUGCCAAUAUGACAGUCCGAUUCUUUUCAUUUGGAGAAGAUUCCAUGGUUGACACUUUUUAUGCUAUUGGUCUUGUGAUGCGUCUUUGCCAGUCCCUUUCCCUCUUGGAAUUGCUGCACAUAUAUGUUGGCAUUGAACCAAGCCGUCUCCUUCCUAGGUUUCUGCAGCUCACAGAGAGAAUAAUCAUCCUCUUUGUGGUGAUCACCAGUCAAGAGGAAGUCCAAGAGAAAUAUGUGGUGUGUGUUUUGUUCAUCUUUUGGAACCUAUUGGAUAUGGUUAGGUACACGUACAGCAUGUUAUCAGUCAUAGGCAUAGCCUACGCUGUCUUGACCUGGCUCAGUCAAACACUGUGGAUGCCCAUCUAUCCUCUGUGUGUGCUCGCUGAAGCAUUUGCCAUCUAUCAGUCGCUGCCUUAUUUUGAAUCAUUUGGCACAUACUCCACCAAGCUGCCGUUUGACUUAGCCAUCUAUUUCCCAUACGUGCUGAAACUAUACCUCAUGAUGCUCUUUAUAGGUAUGUAUUUUACCUACAGUCAUCUUUACUCCGAAAGAAGAGAUGUCCUCUGCGUCUUUCCCAUGAAAAAGAAGAAAGUGUGAAGCACAGAGCCCUGAUGUGACCAGAGAAAAACCAGGCUUGUGGAUUCUGCCGCAGUCAAUGGCACCAUGGUGGAAAAAUACCUGGUACUUGACAAAAAUCCACGACAGACUUGUUUUCCUCCAACUCGGGCCCUAUCCUGUCACUCUAGUAUCCUCACACAUUCUUCCAUACAACCUACUUCACCAACGCUGUGGGAUUUAUACAAGUUGAAUUUACAUCGUGUGAAGCCUGACUAUUUUCCUGUAAGGUUAACGAGAAGUAGGAGAUUCACUGGAAUAGACUCCGUUAAAUUGAGAAACCAAAGCUGUUAGCUGGAAUUCUGUUUUCAUCUAUUGCUUUUCACCUCGGAGUUCCCAAAUAGCAAACCUGCGGGAAGGCAACAAUGUGAAACAUGUUCUGCAGUUGUCUAGAAAAACACCGUACAAGCCGAUGUCCCACCGCCAGUUUUUCCAGACCCUGAAAGAGUCUUCAUUAAUAUUACACGAGUUAUUUGGACUUUGAUCCUUAAAAGAGGACCCUGAUGAAACAGAAUAGAUCUUUGAUAACUACACAAAUAAUGUCCCAUAUUUUCUUAACAACAAAAAAAUGAGGCCAUAUACAUACCUUACAGGGAGAUAAGAGGUAUAAAACUAUAAUAAUCUUAAAGGAAACAAGGCAUUUAAGAACUAGUGAUGUUUUAGAUAAUUACUCAACUAUUGCUGAUUACUAUGUCAUCGCUUAUAGUUUUGAAAACUCUUUUCUUUUGAAAAUCUAAAAUAUUUGUGAAUAAUUGACGAAUAGCAUCAUUUCUGUACCACUGGUAUAGCAUUCACUUUUCUUGAAAGAAUUCUAGAAUCAUCUUAUCCAGUAACCAUGUAAAAAGGGAACUAAACAUUUUGUGACAUAAAAACCAGGUAGUAAAAAUGUAGUUACAAAAAAUAAUCUUUAAAAACAUUUAAAAAGUUGAGUCCUAAUAAAGAUAAUUGAUAUCUUUACAAAUUUAGUAUCCUAUUUGGAAUUUUAAAAUACGUAUAAAAUUAUCCUUUUAAAAAGCUACAUUUCAUUUCUAAAGUUGCUUAUUUUUUAAAAACGACUGAAAGCUCUAGCUCACGGAGAGAACAGAAUCCCCCUGCACACUUUAGGUGAUUCAGUCUAACUUCUCUCAAUAAAUGUCCCCGCAGUACUGUUUACAUCUAGAAUCACUAACAAGCAGAGUAAGAAUUAAACUGAAUUUUGUUAUUAAAUAAUACUUUAAUUUUUAAGCCAAACUACCUUAAGGACCUGCCUAUUUCUUAGAAGACUAAACAGUAAGUUCAGAAUUCUGGAUAGACAAGUUCAGGUCUCUGCAACAACUGAAACCAAGAUCAGUGACUCCUUUGGUGACGCAGGCACAGUUAUUAUUGUGGUUGGCUGCUAUAUCUGUCACCGAAAGAAUUAUUAAAUUUCAUUAGAGUUUAGUAAAAAUAGGGAUGCAAUUUUUCCACUCAAGCUCAUGCUCGCCAGGUUAAGAAACCUAGCCAGUAAACAUCUACCUAGUUCACUGGAUACUACCUGGAUGGCAAGGUUGACUUUUCUUUGGCUCUUUUAACUGGAAGUCCAUCAAAUCUUUGUUUUGUUUUGUUCAAUGUUGUCACAUGCUCAGUUUCUCAAGUCAAAUACACAUAGAUGAAAUCAGAAAUUAUUAGACAUUUGAAAAGCAUACCACAUAACUUUUAUAAUGAUCUUUCUUUGGAGUUUUCAAUGCCAAGUUCCACUGCCUCAAGUUCCAAGUAACCCAAGCUAAGGUGUAGUAAGUAAUCAACGUCACCAGGACCUCUGGAGGGGGCGGGGGGACGUGGUGGGGGUAAAACCGCUCUGAAUGAAAACUACUUCAAAGAACUUACUUCAUCACUCAGUAAAAGUCUGCCUAAAGACACACCACACACACGUAAUAUUAUCAAAGCCCCUGGGCCUUUUCUUUAUCAAAGUAGUUGAAUGAAAAGCAGUUAACACUUCUUCCAACCAUAUCCAUUCAAUAUUAAUGCAUUUUAUUUUCUUCCAGCAUGCUUUUCAACAUUCUUAUCCUUGUCUUACAUUUUUCUUCAAUAAACAGAUUAAUGUUGAUAAAAGAAGUUGAUUCUUAGCUGCUGCAUACACGUCUACAUUCAUUCAAGGCACACGUGAUGUUGUGGGGGGCCGGGCACACUGCAGGCAUCAAUUCAUAACAUCUUUACCAGGCCUCCUGCAAACACAUUUGUUACUAAAGAAUAAUCCACAUCUCCCUGAAGUCCCUAAAGGAAGUUAACUCUCUUAUUGUACCUUAUUCUGCCUACCUGGAGCAAACUGUUGCAUACAAGAAUUUGCAUUUCUUUCAAAAGAUGAUGUAGCUAUAACGUCAAUAUCCAAAAUGUUUCUGCAAAGAAUCUUACGUUUAUGGACAAAGAAAACAGUCACAUUUUAUUGUGCUAAGGUAUUAAAGUGAUUUAAUUAAAAUGUGCUAAAAUGA